CCCAACCUACUGCUACCCUCUGAGAAAACCAUCCACACUCACUCCUCUUUUGGGCCGAUCCUGACUUGCUGCGAGCAACCAAACAUCGUCAGCAAUUGCGCCAGCCACCCAAACACACCUCCUUGCUUCUUCCUGCUUGCUCUUCUUCUUCUUCUCCUUCGCCUCCGCGCCACCGCACGCCGACAAUUGUGCUCCGCCGCCCCCCUUGGAUUGUUGCUACUCCACCUGCGCUUCCGACCUCCUCCUCCUCUCUCGAACACCACAACCAGCGGCUUCUCCUCCUCCUCUGCUCCUCCUCGUGCCGCCUCUCUUCCAUUCGCAACUGCAUACGGCCGCUGCUGGCUCUGUCUUCGCGAAGAGACUGCCGCACUACCCCAAUCAGCGCUUUCUCUUCCUCUUUCUUUUUUUGGGUUCCAUUUUCCUCACUCAAUUCCCACCUAGUGCUGUGCACGCUCUCGCUACGACCCGCCUAUCCUCGGUUUCUGGCGGUCGAGAAUUUCCAGCAACGAUUAUACCCAAUACGCAAUCAUGGCAUCAAAGUUUCUUCGGGAAUACAAACUUGUCGUAGUCGGCGGCGGCGGUGUUGGCAAGUCAUGCCUGACCAUCCAGUUGAUUCAAAGUCACUUCGUCGAUGAAUACGAUCCGACAAUCGAAGACUCGUAUCGCAAGCAAUGCGUCAUCGACGACGAGGUCGCGCUCCUCGAUGUCCUUGACACUGCAGGUCAGGAAGAGUACUCGGCUAUGCGGGAGCAGUACAUGCGCACGGGCGAGGGGUUCCUGCUUGUCUACUCGAUCACGUCGCGCCAAUCGUUUGAAGAAAUCCUCACAUUCCAGCAACAGAUUCUGCGCGUCAAGGACAAGGACGUGUUCCCCAUGAUUGUGGUAGGCAACAAGUGCGAUCUGGAGAGCGAACGUGAGGUCACAACAGAAGAGGGACAAGCCCUAGCGCGACAGUUCGGAUGCAAGUUCAUCGAGACAUCGGCCAAGUCCCGCAAGAACGUCGACCAAGCCUUCUACGACAUCGUCCGCGAGAUCAGACGGUUCAACAAAGAGAUGAGCUCGUAUAACCAGGGUGGCUCCGGCUCUGGCGCUGUCGGCGACAAGUUCGAGAUGGACGGCGAGAAGGACAGCAAGUCGUGCGGGUGCUGCACGGUCAUGUAAAAAGGAGAUGCAACUCCGUCCAUUCCAUUUUUCUUCUCUCCGUUCUUGUCUCUCUUGUCUUGUCGACCGACCUGGUUGAAUUUGAUGAGCAUGGGCACUUUUCUAGGGCAGCAAACUGGGCAAACGGGAAUCUGACGUUUUUGCUAUUGCUUUCUCCAAAAAGAACAUGGACCGAGCAGCCUCUGGUCCCAAGACGUCGUUGGGUUUUUCAUCUCGCACAUAUCAUCACUCUCACUCUCAGCACGCACAUACACGCGCACGCAGACAUAUAUCGAUCCAUACAUGACAUGCUACCUGCAGUCGCAGUAGUAUGAGGGGUCCCAAGGAACGCAUGGGGAAGGAGCCCGCUGUGAAAGGUGUGGACGUAGACAUGCAAUCAUGGUCGCGCUUGGCCAAGACAGGAAUGAAUGGGAAAGAAGGACGACGGGAUCGGUUGGAUCGCUCUUUCUUCUCUCGGACAUCAUCUUGUUCCGCCGGGCAGGCACGAAGGAUGGGGAUGAAAAAAGGAAACAUUGUCCACGUGAUGGAUAAAGGCCUCGAAUGGCGGCGCUGCAUCAAAGUUUCUUCUCUUUUGCCCCUCCCCCCAAUGCUUGCUUGCUUGCUCGCGUCCUCGAAUGCGCCUUGUUGUUUCUAACACUGACGACAUCUCUUCUCCCCCUCUCCGAUCACGUAUCUAGGCUUGUGGCUUUUGUACUUCUUUUAUUUCCCUUCUUCAACCCCCCUUGGCCAAAAAAAUUCUUUUCUCAGCCACUUCUUAUUUUCUUAUCCACGGUUGAACGUUUCUUCCCAAGGUUACUCUUCACAUUGAACGGGGUUCUUGGUGUCUAUUACGGAUCAAGAAUUGGUGUUCGCACGCCGCCACUACGAGGAUGCCAUUCGUGGUUCUUUUCAUAGGAUAAUGUUGAAAGAUCUCUUUACCCUGCGAUCUCCUUUUCUACUGUCGUGCUGAACUGCUUACUUUUUCUCUUAGUUGUUCUCCUCGCCACUCAAGUUUACUGACGCAGAUGAAUGAGAAAAGGGAGCUGUUUCCUUCGGGGAAGAAGUCCAAGAAACUCUGAUUAUUUCAAGGUUGGCAUAGAUUACACUCCUCACACUAGGAAUGCUGAUUCUCCACACGCACGCAGCCACGCUCCAACUAUCAAGACAUUGCUACAUGCAGACAUGCGCACACAAGAGAAAUAAAG